UAAGUAAAAAAAUGACUCUCUCGUAUUUUAUUUGUAUAUAUCCGUUAAUUUUUUAAAUCUUUCGUUUUUUCGCACUUUCACUCCAUAUGCGAAACACGCCAAGCAAGCAUUUUCAAAUGAGAUUGUACCACGUUAUCAGCCAGUAUCCGUUGAUAACGAGCAAAACUCAUAUUGCUCUUAUACAUAUCGGCUCGAUCCUGCAGAACUGAUUGAGUUAUCCGAGCGAAGGAUCGAAUCUUACGACAGUUGCGUGUGCGUUUUUGCGCUUUACCGUAUUCGUACAAAUUUCUUUGCCCAUUCACACGAGUUGCAAAUUUAACAGUUGCGGACAUAUCUCUCCGUGAAUUAGCUUCCCUCGAUUCGAUCGGGUCGCGCGAAUCUUGAUGUUUAAAUUACAUCAGCAUAAUCAAAGACUUCACGCGCAUCGCUCAGUGUUCCUUUUUAUCGCCGAGGAUUGACAAAAUCGCCGUUCUAUUUGUUAAAUAUAAUAAAACACCUUUCUUUCAUGCCGUGACAUCAAUGUCCCGCGAUGUUGUUGCGAGGAAUCGCAUUCGCGGAAGCGCGCCGCAAUUCAGCGCGGCGCGUCUUCAAAAGCCGCGACAAGACGCAAGGAUGCGAGAGGGACGCCGCAUCGGAUCUUUCCCACGGUGGAUCUUUGGCCCGACACGUGCGCAUGGAGAUGAUGGCUUAUCAGCCCUUGGAGGUGCCGCUAUCCUCCAUUUUUUCAAAUUCCUUUGAAAGCGAGGCGAUAUCGCUCUUCGCUACAGCGUCCAAGCUGGCCACCGUGGAAGAUGAGGGUCCAAAGCGACCCGAAGGCCCCAUCCGACCAUCCGCCGCCUCCCUGAAAGUUUCACCCACGGCGAGGGCAAUUCUCCAGGCAUCAAGGUCAUCGAAGAAGUUAGUUACUCCCGUUAGUACACGCGACGCUGAGACCAUCACGGAUGUAUGCAGCGGCGAGGAACUGCCAGAAGUCGAGAUAAUCAGCCUGCUAGAAGAACAAAUACCAAGAUAUCGUCUCCGGGCCGACACCUUAACGCAAUUCCAAGGAUACGAGAACGCCGAUUGGUUUAUCCCAGCGCCUGCUCUCAAAUCAGAGGACGUCGAUUUGAAAUUAUCGCCGGAUCAGAUCCGGGAGACUCUUAACUACUUUAAUCCUUACGGAAGAUAUUUAUGCACAGUCAGGUCAACCGUUUUUAUGACUAUCGACGAAUAUGGGUGAGAAAUGCAUCCAAGAUGUACCAGUCUAUUUAAUAAUUGGUACAUGAAAGUAUUCUGUUCUCUUUUUCUCUACCGCUAUUCCAUCGUCGAGCUUUUCGUCACUUCAUCUCGCUUGCACGUAUUUUAUCAAAGGACUC